UGUUGAUUGCGUUCUGAACAUCCCCAGAGGUCUCCCAGUGAGAUGCAUGUUGCGCCGCUCCAUUCUGCUGGCUUUCUGCUUGGUUUGCGGUCUGCAUGCCCUGCCGGACUCCGGGAAGCGAGGGGUCGCGGAUAAACGCCUUCAGUUUACUAGAAAUGGCACUUUUCACUUGACGGUGUUCGAGGACUUGCACUAUGGGGAGGCGGAGGAUACCGACUGGGGACCGGAGCAGGAUGUCGAGAGUCGGGCUGUCAUGAAUACCGUUCUCGACCACGAAAGCCCCCAAGUUGAAGACACCUUUCUGUCCAAUGCCACCGAUUACAUUGAUGAGAUCGUUGCCCCUCUUGUGGAACGAAAACUGCUCUGGGCCUCCACCUACGGCAAUCACGACAGCGACUACAACCUGUCGCGCAGCGCAAUCCUGGAGCGAGAGCAGUCGUACAUGAACAGUUUAACGACCAGCAUGGUCGCAGGGAAAUUGGCCGGCGUAUCAAACUACUACCUGCCCGUGUACCCGUCCGAUUCCUCCAACACCACCCCGGCGUUGAUCAUGUGGUUCUUUGAUAGUCGUGGGGGGAAUUAUUACCAGAAGUUGAAAAUGGGAACGAAGACCCUCAGCCUUGCUGGGUGGAUGAAUCGGUUCGUAGUAACAUGGUUCGUCGAAACCAAUGCCAACCUCACCCAGCAGUACGGCCAAGUCAUUCCCUCCAUCGCCUUCUACCACAUCCCCGUCAACGCGAUGCUUGCCUUUCAAAAUCAGGGUGUCAAUGAGAAUGAGGAGCCGGGCAUCAACGCCGAUGACCCCCUGGACCAGCAGGGAUCCGCAAGCGGCCAGGGAGAGGACAUUCGGUUCAUGCAGGCGAUGCUCAACACCCAGGGGCUUCUGGCAACGUUUAGUGGCCAUGAUCAUGGUGAUGACUGGUGUUUCAAAUGGGACUCGAAGCUCCCCGGUAUGAAUCUCACCGGCAACGGUCUGAACUUACGCUUUGGACGCCACAGUGGCUAUGGCGGCUAUGGUUCCUGGACCCGAGGGGCAAGACAAAUCCUCCUGCAUGAGAAAGAUCUGGGGAGGCAGUUGUCCACCUGGGUCCGGCUGGAAGAUGGGUCGGUCUCGGGCAGCGUCCGGCUCAACGCGACAUACGGGGAGGAUUCGUACCCAGCCGUGCCUACCACCUAUACGUAGGGGAUUGGAAUGCAUUGGGCCACUGUAAGGUUUAUAAAUAUGAGAUCUCCGACCAUAAAAUAUG